CUGAGGGGCGCGAAGACCUGCGGGGGGAGACGGCCGCAGCAUGGCGGCCGGCAGAGCGUCACCUUGCCCUCUGCCUUCCUGUUGCAGCCGCCUGGACACCGUGGUCCGCGAGUGCUCGCUGUGAGCCCGCCGCGCGUCUGCCCGCCGCCCGCCCUCCUUCCCGCGUCGCCUCCGCCAGCCCGGGGGACGGCCGGGCGCACCGCUGUCCCUCGCGCCGCGCCCACCCGCCGGGGCCCUGGGACCAUGGAGGACGUGAAGCUGGAGUUCCCCUCGCUCCCACAGUGCAAAGACGACACCGAGGAGUGGACUUAUCCUAUGAGACGAGAGAUGCAGGAAGUUUUGCCUGGAUUGUUCUUAGGCCCAUACUCUUCUGCUAUGAAAAGCAAGCUUCCUAUAUUACAGAGACAUGGGAUAACUCAUAUAAUUUGCAUACGGCAAAAUAUUGAAGCAAACUUUAUUAAACCAAACUUUCAACAAUUAUUUAGAUAUUUAGUUUUGGAUAUUGCAGAUAAUCCAGUUGAAAACAUAAUACGUUUUUUCCCUAUGACUAAAGAAUUUAUUGACGGAACCUUACAAAAUGGAGGAAAAGUUCUUGUCCAUGGGAAUGCAGGAAUCUCCAGAAGUGCUGCCUUCGUUAUUGCAUACAUCAUGGAGACAUUCGGGAUGAAGUACAGAGAUGCAUUUGCUUAUGUCCAAGAAAGGAGAUUUUGUAUUAAUCCUAAUGCUGGAUUUGUCCACCAACUCCAGGAGUAUGAAGCCAUCUACCUAGCAAAAUUAACAAUACAGAUGAUGUCACCACUCCAGAUAGAAAGAUCCUUAUCUGUUCAUUCUGGUACCACAGGUAGUCUGAAGAGAACACAUGAAGAGGAGGAGGAUUUUGGAAACAUGCAAGUGGCAGCUGCACAGAAUGGCUGACUCUGAGCACUGUCACACAAAUGUGAAUGUGUCACACGGAUGUGAAUUUCUGUUUAGAAAGGAGGAGAUCCUAGUGAUGAUAAUGUAAAGUGGUAAAAACACAAGUAGUUUCUUUUCAAUUAUAUGUUGCUUCCAGACAUGUUUCUCUGCAACUUGUUGAGCAACACUUUAAGAUGUUGAACUUCUACAGUAGAUGGCGCUGGUGGGUGAUGGGUUUGCUUUAAAAUAACAAAACAAAACAAAAAACACUUUAUGGUUUUAUUGUAAACCAAGAAUUUUGGACUUGCAAAAAGGUAUUAUUGCAAUAAUGCACUUUUCAUACUUGAAGUUUAUUUGUAUGAUAUAAAGUUAUUACUUUAAACAAAAUGCAAGUUAGGGGAUUUGUUUAUAAUUUUUGGAUAAUUUAUAACAAACAAAUUUCCUAAUGUUUCCUAAAAGCUCAUUUGUGUUAUAUAUUACAUUUAAAGUAAUUUUACAGUUAAAUUUUCUGAUGGAGCCUCUUACAGAAACAGUAACAAAAUGUAGAACUCUUUCACAUUUUUUAAUAUAAUUCAGCAACUGAAUUACCAUUUUUUUAAACUUCUUUGUCCCUUAUUUUUAAAUCAUGAUUUUAGCCAACUAUCCUACUUUACUAAUUUAAUUAAUACUUCCUUUCCAAUUGCCUUCCUUAUUGUAAACAAGAAAAAAAGUUGUAAUGAUGAAAGAGGUCUUAUUUAUUCAAAAAUAAGGAUAGUGUUAUAUUUCCACCUGCUGUUUUUCUUUUUGCUGUUUGUUUAAGCCAAAUGUUGACUUGGUCUUUACAGAGUUGCCUAGCCCUUUUAACUUUUGUCCAAGAUGGUUCAAAGUAGACUUUUAAGAAACCAAACCAAUGUAGCACUGUUUCUUCAAUAUGAAACCCCCAAAAGAAAAGUGCCUUGCAUCAACCAAUUAAAUCCUCAUGACCUCUAAAUUAGAUAGCAGUAUAAAGCUAUUAACAUUUUUGUAAUUUUUUUUUGUUUUUAAACCAUAAAUUAAAUCUGUGAAGCUUGAAGAAAGUAAAUUAUUUGGAAUAAUAUGA